AUGAAACCUGUGGCGGCGAGUUUCACUCGUGAACACGGCUCUAUACUUAGAGCGAGAUUAGAUAUGAUUGCGAACGGAGGAGAACAGACGAGCGCGCAAGCUAAUCCCACAUGGUCGAUAGAACCGGUGCUGUUCUCGUGCCUUGUAAGUUGUCCGGAUAUGUGGAUGUCAAGUCACGAUGCGGCCGUAUCCUCUCUACCUGCUGACAGUGAUGAAAUACGAGUCUCGACUGGACUGGACCACCUUCGCACGUCGAUACUGCCGUACCCUUAUAGUUGCAUUCGGGAUAACGGAAGGGUUGGUAAAGGCUUUUGUGCCAGCAGCGCUUCGGAGGCAGUCCAGAAGCCAAUGCCACCCCAACGCACAAGCCCGACAAUCCGAGGGUCGUUAGAUUUACCACAAUCAGGAUACCGGGAAGACUCAAUAGUAGUUCGGACCGGAAGCAAACUGGAAUUCGAGUGCUGUAGUCUAAGACGGAACGAGCCGAGCUCGGGCUGGAUGUCAGAGGAUCGCAAUUCGGAGAUGACACGGACCGGACCGGAUCCAGGGCUCUCACGCGCCAUCGAGAGCUUUUCAAUGACACUGCUAUUCGAAGGUUAUGAUGUACUCGGAAUGCUUCAUGUGCCACUGUCCGGAGUCAACUCCAACCUAGUCCGAGCUCAGAUGAUUGAUUUUGAAGUGAUGUCUUGUCUGACUGCAGCGCAGCUCGUGAGAGACAACAGUCCAGUUUGCCUUCGCAUCUUUACCUCCGACGCAUUGAUAGAUGCCAUCUCGCAGUGUGACCUCGCAGUAAUAGUGAUGGACUGGUAG